AUGGACAGCGAAAAGAUUGUCGCCAUCAUUUUAGCCAUUUUCCUACCACCAUUAUCAGUCUUUAUGAGUCACGGCUUCGGCUCAGAGUUUAUCAUCGAUUUGGUAUUGACUAUCCUGGUCUUCUUCCCAGGUAUGCUAUACGCUUUGUACCUCGCUCUCAAGUAUUGA